UCCCUUAAAGAAGGUACUUACUCCCAAUGUUAAACUUACUGCUUCUCUUAAACCUCAAAAAACCAAUAGCUUCACACCAAAUUAAACAAAUUCAUGCCCAGUUAAUCACCAAUGGCCUGAAAGAUCCCUCCUUUUUUGCCAAACUAGUUGAAAACUACUGCUUUUCACCCUCUCCACAAAAUACCCAAUAUGCACGAUCGAUAUUCCAACACUUUCACGACCAAAGUUUGUUCCUUUUCAACACUCUGCUAAGAUGCAGCAAACCCAGGGACUCAAUCUUCACUUUUGCCCACUGGGUUUCAAAAGGGCACUUAGUUUUUGAUGAUUUCACUUAUAUUUUCGUGCUUGGAGCUUGUGCUAGAUCGCAAUCGUUGUCAACACUAUGGUUAGGAAGACAAGUUCAUGUGAAAGCUUUUAAAUCCGGUUUCAUGUCAAAUCUUUUGGUAAGGACUACACUGAUUCAUUUCUGUGCGAAUAAUAAGGAUAUUUUUUCAGCAAGAAAGGUGUUCGAUGAAAUGACUGAGAGAAGCAGUGUUACUUGGAAUGCGAUGAUUAAAGGCUAUAUUUCACAGAGGGAGAGAGCUAAGAAAUGUUGCAUUGAAGCUUUGGUGCUGUUUAGAGACAUGUUGGAUGAUGUUUCUGGGCAGAAUCCUACUGAUACUACCAUGGUUUGUGUUCUUUCAGCUUGCUCUCAAUUAGGAGAGCUGUACAGUGGGGCUUGUGUUCAUGGUUUUAUAGUGAAGACAAUCUGUAGGCCUGAGAAUGAUGUUUUUAUUGGAACUGGUCUUGUUGACAUGUAUGCAAAAUGUGGGUGCAUUGAUACUGCUCUAUGUAUUUUUAGGGUAAUAACAGUGAAAAAUGUUCUGACUUGGACUGCCAUGGGAACUGGCUUGGCUGUUCAUGGGAGAGGAAAAGAAGCAUUGGAGCUUCUGGAUGCAAUGGAGGAUUCUGGUAUUAAACCUAAUCCAGUGACUUUUACUAGCUUGUUUCAAGCUUGCUGCCAUGCUGGGCUAGUUGAAGAGGGACUUCACUUGUUUCGCAAUAUGAGGAAGAGGUUCAGUAUCAAGCCACGGAUACAACAUUAUGGCUGCAUUGUUGAUCUACUUGGCAGGGCGGGAUAUCUAAACGAAGCCUACGAUUUCAUCAUAGAGAUGCCAAUCAAACCCGAUGCCAUAUUGUGGCGGAGUUUAUUAAGUGCCUGUAAUGUUCAUGGAGAUCUUGCAUUGGCUGAGAGAGUGGGGAAGAUUCUGCUUCGGCUAGAGCCACCAAACAGUUCUCUUCAUGUGCCUGUUACUAGUGAAGAUUAUAUAGCUUUAUCAAAUGUUUAUGCUUCUGGUGGAAGGUGGCGGCAAGUGGAGAUGGUAAGAAAGAAGAUGAAAUUGAAGAGGGUAGAAACCAAACCUGGUGGUAGUUUCAUACAGACCAUCAGCAAAUCACCAUGAUUAGUUAAUCCGAUAAUGAAAAAAAUAGCACAGCAUAUUUUCAAGAAAGGCUAACAAGAUGUAUCGAAAAGUCCACAGCAUGCUAUGGAAAUGGCAGUGGUAGAAUCGACCACCAUAUAGAUUAGUCGCUUUCCAGCAGAUAUCACAUGAUUAAAUGAAAGGUUUAAUCUAGCAGUUUCCAUUGCUGCACAAUUAACCUAAAGAAUAGCAUUGUUUCCCCUAGUUAAACCAGAAAUAAUAGCAUAGUUUAGUCAAA